AUGAGGCUUGUUGUUCGACAAGAUUACGAAGAAGUAUCUUCUUGGAUAGCACACUACAUCAAGGAACGAAUCAAGCAGUUUCAACCUACCAAGGAAAGACCUUUUGUACUCGGCCUUCCAACAGGGUCUUCACCGAUUGGAUGCUAUCGACGCUUAGCCGACUUUUGCAAGACUGGGGAAUUGUCAUUCAAAAAUGUGGUUACCUUCAAUAUGGAUGAAUACGUGGGUAUUCCGCGCGACCAUCCUGAAUCCUAUUAUUCCUUCAUGUGGACCCAUCUAUUCCAACAUAUCGACAUUCUACCAGAAAAUAUCCACGUGCUCGAUGGCAAUGCAGCAGAUUUGGAUGAGGAAUGCCGACGUUAUGAGGCUUCUAUCCUAGCUCAUGGUGGUAUCGAAUUGUUUCUUGGUGGUAUAGGACCCGAUGGUCAUAUUGCAUUCAACGAACCUGGAUCAUCUCUUACUUCUCGCACCCGUGUCAAGACCUUAGCUUAUGAAACAAUCAUCGCCAAUGCAAGGUUUUUCGAUGGUGACAUUACUAAAGUUCCGAAAUUGGCAUUGACUGUGGGUGUAGCGACUAUCAUGGAUGCCCGUGAAGUAUGUAUUAUCAUUACAGGUGCCCAUAAGAGUAUUGCUCUAGCAAAAUGUGUUGAAGAAGGCGUCAACCAUAUGUGGACUGUAUCAGCUAUUCAAAUGCACCCAAAAGGACUUAUCGUCUGUGAUGAAGAUGCAACAUUGGAAUUACAUGUUAAGACGGUCAAAUAUUUCAAAUCGAUUGAGCAUGUGCAUCAGUCAUUGAUCGGCAAGGAAAAUUUGGGUCUCCAGGGAGAACUUUUAUCAAAUGCAGGUCAACAUUCAGCUGGAGCAGUAGUACGAGGACGUGAACAAGUCAAACAACUUUUGAGUGAUGAAGAAUCCGAUACAAACGACGUACGUUCUGAUGAUGGUCAGAGUGCCGAUUCAGUAGCAAGCCCUACCAAAAGGAGGCGUACAACGGCAGAUAGCUUACUUCCCCCAGCAUCAUCAUUAACAUCUGAAAGCAUCUCUUCUUCAACAACAAAGCCUUGA